AGUGGCAGGACAACUCGGGUCGCAAGCGGUUCGGCAUUUGAAAACCGCCGGGUGCUCUUCUUCACUCGGCCCCGUUUUCCUUUUUACGACCGGCUGUUACACGCACACAGUUACGGCCCUGCCGAGCGGACGACUUGCAGAGGCAGCAGCGGGCAGGCCCACAACUCCGACGCUAUUUGCUCCGCGCUUUUUCGGCACUUCGGCAAAGAACGCACUGAAGAUUAUCUAGAAGAAAAUCUUCCCCAGAAGAACAGUGUGCCUUGACUUUCGCUUUCGCCGCGUGGCGGUAAAUUAUUAAAAAACAUGCAUGCUCUGAUAGUUGAGGGAGACGUCUUCACGACCGGCUUUCCUUUCAGGUGGAAAAUUCAAUUUCCCUGGGUAAUUGGUCCAGUGAAACAAGAUCAUUUCUGUCUGGUGGAGAUUAUUUAUUCACUCUUUAUAACACUUCUCGCAAACUUGAAACAGCAAAAGUUCAUGAAGAAUCGGAAGGCGCGGCAGAGCGGAGAGAAGAGGCACGCCAAAACCGACGUGGAGAAGUACCCGUGGCUGCAGCCCGGUAACCUGGUUCGCAUGAAAGAGGUAAAGCACAAGUUGCAGUAGCGACCGGAGGUAAAAAUUUUGGAAACCUUCCGACGUAACAAUCGCCUUUCAGAAAAGCAACUUCCCGCACCGCUGUGGACAAUGACGAUGGGAAAGAAGAAGUUUUUCCCCCCUCGUGUUGCACCAUUCCUAUUGCGGAUCUUGGUCUUCGCAGCUGCGGCGAGUUUGUUCGUUACGACCGGCACUGCAGCCGUAUCUUCACCCUCUCCGACAUCAAAAAUCGACCAGCUAGACGUCACCCUCUACUCGCAAGCCGGGAAAAAGUUGGAAUUUGAACAAGCGGUGGAUUUUGACACGGAGCUACGCGGCUUACAAGCAGUGAACAUCACAGUCAGCUGCCGGUACGUGGAAAAAAUUUCGUUGCAGGUGCUGAUCGAGGGCAACGCAACGGGGAAAAUCGUGGAGAAGGGCAUUGCGGAUUUUCUUGGAAUCGCGGUAGAAACUACAAGCAGUGAUGACGAGCAGGAGGGUUUUGCAGACGGGACUAGAACCCGCGCCGUCACGGCGAAACUGUUGUCCUCGUCGACGGGGGCAAGAAGUAGGAGCAGCUCGUCACAAAGAAGUGCAAACGAUGCGCAGGAACAAGGGGGAAGUUCGCACGGGGCAGCUCCUGCUGUACAGGACGCAGGUAACAGGGCGGAUCAUGGUGCGCGAUCAGAUACUUCGAGCGGAACAGCGUCCUCAUCAACGGGGCAUUCCAGAGCGCUAGCACAGGAAGAUGAAAGCAGCAGUUCAUCUACGGCAAAUCAUGAGCUUUUGGAGUAUUCACGCAAGAAUCUAGACUCGCAACUGUUGCGGGAUUCACGCGCAGACGCCAGUUCAGCAGAGAGUGUAUGAAAAGAAGGAAAACAACUUGCCGGGUUUGUGAUGGGAAUUUACGUAGUGUAGCAUGUGGGUAAAGGUGUGUAUUGUGAUGGACUGAACACGGUAAAAGUCGGAUGCAGACUUUCUUGUACACCAUGCCAGAACUACAGAUUCAAAGCAUUUAAACUCGCUUCUUGGUUUAUGUCAGGCCGUUCUCUUUUCGAUUUCAUAACCUCAAAAUCUCUUCCGCGUCGUCAUCAGUCGCAAGGUGCUGACGGCCGCGGCAGCAAAACAAAUUCACACGAUCGAUUUGGAGAAGUUAACAGCGACUCUGAGCGACACGGAGAUUGUAGAAAAAGUCGAAGAGAAAAAGCCCACUGCUCCCACAGGUGGAAAAAAUAUCACCCACUCGGCUUCUUCGUCAGCGGGUAAUAGUGGCGCAAGCGAUGAAGCAACGAGCAGCGGCGGGAAGUCUGCUUCCGUAAGCGAUGCCGAUGCGGGAACGGAAGGCUCUCGUCUCGGAAAAGGUGGAACGAGAAGAAGUCUAGAAGCAGCACAGCCCCCAACAUCAGGAACAAGUACAGGGGGCGAAGAAUCCCCGGCCCCUGUCGUGAAAGAAAACCCAGAGGAGCACCACUCGGUCGAAGAAAAGGCGUCGACGACGUCUUCUGGUACUACCAGUAGCAGCACCUCCUGGCUCUCCGACUUGAUCACGGGGAAAAACAAAUUUAUCGUCACAGAGCCAAAACGGGAUUUGAAAGUCCUUUCGAUGUCCCACCGCAAGGUCGACUACGCCCUGGCCCCCUGCACACGGUAUCUGGAAGGGGAGCUGCAGAUUGGUGGCGCUGCGGGUCGUCUUUCGGCUGAGACAGACGCAGAUAGUGGAGGAGAGGAGGAAAAAGAUGAAAUAGCGGAUCACACAAGUACUAUCAAAGGCGUGAACAUGCAGGAGUUGUUGAUUCUUCCGAUAGACCCCUGUGACACAGCAAAAUCAACAAGCAGCGCAUCUUCAACCGGCGAAAGCAAUAAAUUGUCUCUGAAAAUAGAACAAACCGACUUGCGGCACAGCAACGUUGGGAAUCACACCAUCGAGGUUUCAAUUCAAAGCCAAAUCACCUCCACGAAACCAUUUCAGGUAGCGUGCAGUGUUUAUUCGCCUGGUGCUGUUAGUAGCAUGACAAAAUCUUCACCUGCCGCCCCGAGCAGUUCUUACAUCGGCCACACUUUAACCAUCGUGGGCACGUACGCAGUGAGGUUCGGCGGGUUUCGAGUAAAACAGGGAGAUGGGGGAACAAACAGCCAAGAUUCAUCAUCUACGUCAUCCAGCGCCUUUCUCACGCUCUCAAAUAAGCUGUCCGGUUUUGCGCUUGCCGGAAUACGAAAUGGUAAAAUAACUACACAGCAAAACAACCACCUGCUCCGGGAACUCGAUCUAGAAAGACAAAUUCUCGGUCCGAACAUGUAUUUUGAGCACAAAAAACCGAAGCCCCGCUACGGCCAUGUCGCGACCAGUACGCGCGACGGGUAUCAUAUGUAAAAACGUUCCCACCCCAUACUCAAGAUGGGAAAUCUGCUUGACAAAUGUCCAAGUUUUGAGCGUUGCGCAUGACAAGUUUGCCUCUGCAGUGUCGUGCUGGUUAGCAAAGGAAGCUGCGUAAGAAAGUCAGCUUGUCAUCCUGUUUGCAGCAUUACAAAUUCUAAAACACGAUUGGAAAUGCCUCUCAUGGAGCUGCGCAUUACAAACGUGCCUGGCAUUGCGCAUUUGCAUGACAACUCUGGGGUGGCGACGUUUUUACACAGGAUAGCGGGUACUUUUUCAUCUUCGGUGGGCGGGACGGGAGCAAUCGGCUCUUGCAGGACGUCUGGGUCAUUCGAAUUGCGGCGAGCAUUGUGCCGGAAGCCGACGAAGCAGCCGGACUAAAACCCCACAGCUCGGACAGCACCACUAAAUCUUUCCAGAAAUCCCCCUCCGGUUCUAUGUGGCGCCGGUGCGGCCGGGUUCCGUCCGGCCUGCGGCUGAGCCACUUUGUCACGGGUGCGGUAUGCAAUGCAAAAGCAUCGUACUACUAGAAAUUGCAUUGCAAAUUUUUCCAAGAAAGGAAAUGUAAUUUGUAAGGCUGUUUUCCCUUAGAUCAUAGAUCUGUCAUUUAGGACUGCGAUCAGUACGAGUGCGAUAUUUUUGCAGUGGAUAUGCGAUGUUUAACACUGAUUUAGGAAGGAAGGAGAACUGGGUUCUCUUCGGGGGGCAAGAAGCCCCGGGACGAAGUUCCUCGUACGCGGCAGCGACAAGUGCUGCCCCGGUAGUAUUCACUAACGACUUGUGGCAGCUGGACUUGCGAAAGGUGGUGGACAAUCUGAACGCAGAAGUAGAUGUCGACAAGCACCACUCGGUGAAAAAACCGCUACCGUUCCAAAAACUUUCCGUUACCGGCCGGGAUGACAGCAGUGCAGGGCCUGAUGGCAAUGCAAAUAAUCUUCCCAGAGAACUAUCCAGCGUCGAUGUUCCGUCCCCAAGGGUCGGCCACAGUCUCAGCGUCUGCAAACGAAGACCGGCGUUUUCCCUGCUGCGGAGUAGUUUCGCCAUCGCGACGCCGGAGGAACUGAAAACAUCAAAACAGCACGACCAGGGCGGCUUGCUGCUUUUCGGCGGAGUGAAUGACCGCAGCGAGGUGCUGGGGGAUGUGUGGUUCUACGACUACUUUUUCAAGAUCUGGCUGGAGGUCAGGCUCGAUACCGCAGGAACUUCUAGUUCACAAGCAGCCGGAGGAGAGGAGGAAGUAGUACCCCCGCCGAAACUCGCGUUUCACACCGGGCGGGUAGAUGAGGUAGAGUGUAGCAGUUUGAUCGUGAGUGGCGGCGUGGGGGAGGACUUUGCGGUGUCACAGGAGAUUUACCAGCUGCGGUUGCAGGAGCUACCGGAGGACGAAGCGAAACACGAGCCGAGCCAGCGUGGAGGAGAGAAGCCACGAAUUAAAAAUCAGAAAAACCAAAAAGCCGAUGCGGGGACGAGCAGGGGAAGAGCGCGUUCGGAAGAUGAGAAGUCGGCUGACAAAAAGGAUGAGGAAAACCAAACCGAUCAUGAGCCUUCGCAGAACCGGGCGGAUGACAAAGGCAGCACCGAGGAGGAAGAGGAACAGAAAACACGCUCCACGAGAAACGACGAAAGUCGCCUUCUCAGUUCUGGCUCAGAUGAUAGCGAUGAGGAAGAUCACUCCGCUGGUGGCGAUGGUAAUGCCGCAGCGCAGUCUCCGCCUCGUCCAAAACUCCUCCCGGGUCAGUGGCGGAGAGUUCCAAAACAAACCGCUUCGUCCUCCGGAACGAUUGAAACUAGACUACCUGACCCGAGGCUGAAGAAAACGAGACAAGAUGCCGGCCUGCUUUCCUCUCUCUUCGGAACAACCGGUAGUUCGUCCAGCGGGGGCUCCGGGAUUGCAGAUUUGAGUAAAGAAUCCCUUUUCCUGGAACCGUUAUUCAAGAAGAACCCGCUUUCCCUCGGCGCUGCGGUUUUUUCUGCUACGGCGUACUGGCCUGCGACAGGGAGGGUUUUGAUAGACGGGGGAUUGCAGGCUCUGCCAAGCAGCGCAGGAGCCGGAUCUUCUUCGUUUGGAACCAGCAGCACUGGAGAUUUGCUCAGCAGGGCAAUCUCUAGCAUGAGACGAACGGCGAACAGUGUCGAGGUCGGCCGAGAUGCCGCUAGCGGUGCCGUUUCCAGUCGGGAAAGGGGCAACGUGGCGCUGCACUUUCUAAACCCCUGGACAGCGUUUCUGAUGCGGGAGGAGGAGCGAGGAGGGAGGAGAGCUGAUGUCGUCUGCGACAGUGGCAGCGUGGUAAAGAAGAUAACCGAUGCAAGGACGGCGCACGACGAGAACGCAGCAACCACGCGAGGGCAUCAUCACCAGCUGAAGUACAACUAUCAAUGCGCGCCCUGCCCGCCCGGGAGCAUUGUAGCCGCUGGCUCGUUGUUUGCGCAACAACAGGGGGAGAGAACAGCAAGAUCGAGUCUACACUGCGAACCCUGCCCCGCGGGGUUCUACCAGCCAGUUGCCGGUAUGACGGAGCUCCGAGCCUGUCUCCCCUGCAGUGACAACACGUACAGUGCACUCCCCGGCGCGGGGAAGUGUUUGUCCUGCGAUUUCUCGUCUGCUUCGAGCGAGGAAAUAGUGGAGGCGGUGCCGGGGAAGAACGAAACUAGAAUGAGAGUUUUGACUGCAAGUAGCUCGACGACGGUGUCAUCUUCUUCAGAAACCAUGAGUUACUUCGACAGCAUCGCCGCUUCAACAUCAACAUUGCUACCGCGGGUGAAAACGACCACGGGCAGUAGCUCGGGCCUCACGGCAGGGAAGGCAGCUGCACAGCAGGAGAGGAAGUUCAUCCCUAGCAAUAGCCCAUCGCCGGCUGCACCUACUGCAUCUAGCGAAGAUGAAUCUCAACAACUGAGCCACAACAACGCCCCUACUUGUCCUCUCAUGGCGACUUUUAAGAACCAAAAGCAGCCGAAAUCGCACGUGCGCGAGAAGAACGAGCCGUAUCAAAUGCAAACAUGUCUGGGUCUGGAAGAAUGGAAGUUUGUCAUGCUUGUCUGACAUGACUCUCAAGUCUGUCAUGCACAUUACCCAGAAGCCCCACUUUUCUGUCAUGCAGAAGCUCACUUUAUCAUGCAGAAAGGCCAAGACUGUAGGACCUCCAAAACUUGUCAUGGUUGCCAGCCAGUUGAGGCGUCCUCGUCUUUCUCAACCAGCAUCACAAGUUUCCAGGCCCCGACAUAUUUGCAUUUGAUAAGCCGCACAACGAUACGAUUUUGAAGCAGCACUCGUGGUAUCCACUGCAAAUGCGUCUGGGUCUGGAAAAGGUGAACUUGUAUUGCUUGGCUGGCACUCCUGCCAGCUCUGUAUUGCAUGACCGACAUCAAAAUAGCAGCUUAAUUUGGCAUGCAAAAACGCAGUUUGGACUGCGAACUGCGCAUGGCAGCGGGUCUUCGAAACUUGUCAUGCUUGGAUGCACUCAGAUGAAGUGCUCUCAUCAUUCAUGAUUCAGCAUCACAAGUUUCCAGAGGACCCAGACAUAUUUGCAUUUGAUACGUGGUGGCAGUCCAUCACGCUCAAAGUCGGGAUGACGACUACGCUGAUCAUCACAACGUGCUUGUUAUUGAUCCACGUGAAAAUCCCUCGGCGGGCGGCGCGAAUUUUGCGACGAUUGGACAUGCGGCCGAUCACGGGUUCCUUCAUUCCGUCCGAGCAGGGGGGCAUCAUCUUUCUAAUGUAUGCGAUCGUCGCGAUUUGCGUGAUGUUUUUCACGAUCGCGAGACACUUGUACGCAAAUCAAGUGUUGACGUCGAUGGCGUUGCCCGAGGAGGAGGAAAUCGGCGUUGGGGAAAUCAAAGCGGAUUUUUUCGUCCAAGCAGUUCUAGACGGGUACGUGGGGCCGUGUGUGAAGGCAGGUGCGGGAGAGGCGCGGGGUGCUCCUUCUAGAUUGUCCGCUGGUGCAGAAGUAGAACCACUAUCAAAUGUAAAAAUGUCUGGCUCUGGAAGAAUGCAACUUGUAUUGCUGUCUGCGGAUUCUAAAAAUAUCUGUGUUGCAUGAGCAGCAAGACGAGUCAGUUCUUGGCACGCGGAGAGGGCAUUUCUCAUGCGUGACUAGCAUCAGAAGCUCUCAAAAAAUCUUUGAUGCUAGCACCUGCAUCACAGACCUCACGGGUCAUGCCAAAUGUGCAUGAGAAGUCCCGACUCUUCCAGACCCAGACAUUUUUGCAUUUGAUAACCACAUACCUGUGACGACUCCAUCCAGUUGUCCGUCGACGGGUUUCGGUUUUCCUCAGCACCAAAUUCCAAACGCCAGCUGCAGUCCUGCUACGCGGAUCGGCGGUUGCAAAAGUGCGUUGUGAAGUACAAGUGCGGCAAGUGCACGGUGAACCGAGACCGAGGGGACCGGCGGGUGGCGCGGGUCAGGAUAGACGUGGAGCCGACGAGGACUUCUUCUACUUCAGGUGGACAAGGAGAUAAAAGUAAUUCAGCGGAUUUCAUCUACACCGCAGCACGGCAGAUUCGGUGGUCGCUGACGGUAGACUGGUUGUCAACUAGUUCGAAUGCGAAUGACAAUGCAGAGCAACACAACCAGGACGAAGAGAGGAACACCGACCUGCAACUACUAGAAUCCAAACAAACCAACGCAUACUCCCGCGUGGAUGUGUCGAUAACGCCCAGCGCUGUGCCAGCGACGUCUAAUCGUUCGCGAAUGAGGGAUAAAGAGCGUAGGGACCAAGAAGAGCAGAAGGAAAAUACGAUCUCAAAUAAAAAAUCCUCAUCACGACGAACCGGCUCAACUAGAACUCCCCCUUCCUCCCACUCCGGGCUGCGGUUGCUCGACGCAGGAGCGACGAGUAGUAUUGGUCGUUCCUCUGCACACGACCAACUACAGGAGAACGGGGUAGAUGCGAGCGGGAAAGCGUCAGCAGGAACAACGGUCUCCACCAUUACCUCCGAGGCGCGGAUGUCGAGUAACCCCGAGAACGCCGUCCUGCGCGGCCCGGACGCGUCGGAGAUCCGGAUUGCGCUAGUGCCCACGGUAUGGAUUGUAAAAAUGUCUGGGUCUGGAAGGUUGGAACUUGUAAUGCUAGCUUUCCAUACCUAGAAAAUCUGUAUUGCGUAACCAACAAAAGUUGCAGCCUCUUUUGUCGUGCAAAAACGCAGUUUCUCAUGCGGAUUUCCUAUGACGAAGCGUUUUGGGAAGUUGUCAUGCCGGACUGCAUUCGGAAGUGUUGUCAUCAUGCACAUUGUAGCAUCACAAGUUUCCAGACCCAGACAUUUUUACAGAUGAUACACGGACUACCGCGAUCUGAUUCAGAACAAGCAGUUCUUCGGGUUCGUGGCGCAAUUUGUCGCGCAAACAGAGUCCGGGAGCUUUGUCGCGAUCGAACAAAGGGCGGCCACGGGGAACUCCGAUUUCUACUCGGAGCAACCGCCGGAGAUCCACUCGGAGAUGCUCUUAGACGUGUCCCACACUGCGUAUAAGUUGAUUCUCAGCCCGAAACGCACGGUGUUCGACGUGUUAGGUUUGCUGCUCGGCUUCCUCUCCGGUAUGAGCCUGAUCGCCCGGGUGGUAACCGCGAUCUGGACGCAGCACACAAAACUCUGCGGGUUCCACGUGAUUUGCGGUAAUCGGAACCCGAUUUUGUACUACCUAGCGAUGAUCUUUUGCUUCUGUUUGGGGCGGGAUUUGGACUACGACGACGACGAGGUCCUGACGCUCGCCCCGGACAGCCCGCACAGCCUACCCGCCAGUCCGAUGCAAACGGGGACCAGUCCGCUGAGUCCGCGACAAUCGAAAAUCAUCGUGCGCGGGGUUUCGCUAGACUCGGUCACGCGGGAGUACCGGGAAGUGGAAUUGGGGUUAAGCACGGAAAACAUCGAGCUGAACCGGGGCCAGGUGGUGCGCCUCCCGAGCCCCAUGAACCAAAUCACCCCGAGCAGCGGGGUGCUGAAGAAGAAGGGCGAGUAUUUCCGCGUGGCAACGACCAACGCGGCGUCGAAGUGUAUGAAAAUGCAAAAGAAAGCGGGAGUAACAAGUUUGUCAUGCUUGUAGACAGCGGAAGUAGCAGGUGUUGGCAUAGAUAGAUAGAAGAACAAGAAUUUGGCAUGAUACGAGACUGUUGUGACUGCAGCUUCAGUUUUUUGCUCUUUCCAUAACUUCCUCUGAGGACCCGCGAACGCCGUCGUCCGCUGCGUCAAAACCGUUGCUGAAGGGCUCGGUCGAAAGAAAUUCGAUGCAGUCUGAUGGAGAUUGCAUCUGGUGAAGUUGAUGUACUAGAGUUGUCUAUGCUGAAUACUUUGUGAUGUAAAGGGAAUUCUUGGAUCAACAGACAUUUUGAUACAGCUUGAAAUGAUUUUUUUUAACACGACGAUAACUAGAAAGCAAGUACGACACAACUAAAUAAGCUAGUUUCUCAAUGGCAGCUGCCCGGGUCGCGGGCGAGUAAGUAU